AUGUCCGCUUAUGAAAAAAACGAAGAACGUUUGCGAGCCUUAUGGCAAGAACUUAUGUCCGAUGAGGAAAAUGAAAAGAGUGGUCCGCUUGAAAAUAAUGGUACAUCCGAUGAAUAUCAACCAAGCUCAAAUGAUUCCGACUCUAGCGAAAGUUGCGAACCACCUCCACGAAAAAAACAGACGCGAAAAGAAAUUGGAGAAGUGAGCCUAUCUGAAAAUAUAGCGAACAGACCAAUUAUAAACGAAAGGGGUAGCUACGAAUGGUAUCCUGCAGAUGGAAAAGCAUUGAAAACUUUUUCUUUCACUGAGGAGUCUUCUGGCUUUCAAAGUAGGCUAUACGGUUUGUACAAUAAAGAAGCAGUUGACUUCUUCAGAUUAUUUGUAAAUAACGAUAUCUUGGACCUAAUUGUACUGGAAACAAACCGUUAUGCCUCACAAUGCGUUCAGAAAGACUCAUUGCCACAUUCCCGUAUUCAAAAAUGGACACCGACGGAUCGUGAUGAAAUAGAAAAACUUCUCGGCAUAAUAAUCUGGAUGGGAUUAUGUCCAUUUCCUUCAAUGCAGUCAUAUUGGAAGAAAAAUACGAUUUAUCCGAAUUGCUUGCCCAGCAUUAUUUCGAGAAAUCGUUUUCAAGUAUUGCUUAAAAUGCUGCAUUUCAACAAUAAUGAAAAUCUGACAGAAGAUAGAUUACAGAAACUUUCACCAUUGAUAGAAAAACUUCGGGAAUCAUUUCAGCAACCUAUUAUUCCAUCUGAAUAUGUCUGCAUCGAUGAAACGCUUGUACCUUUUCGCGGGAGACUAAAGUUCCGUCAGUAUAUUGCAAAUAAAAGGCACAAGUUUGGAAUUAAACUAUUCAAGUUGUGCUUGGAAUACGGCUAUACCUAUGAUUUCAAGGUAUACUGCGGAAAGUCGAAGGAUGAAAACGUGAGCGUACCAUCUAAAGUCGUAAUGGAUCUCAUGGAAAAACUUCUUGAUCAAGGUCGUACACUUUGUACAGACAACUAUUACAAGUCAGUUAACGUGAAACGCAUUUGA